UGUAGAUCGCCCCUGCUUGUCAUGUUCUUUGCAUAACACAACAUAUCAAUGCACUUUACUGAUACACAAGUUUACGGUCUGAAUAAACAUUGCUUUUGACAACGCGUCUGUUCCUCGUUGGAGUGGGGAAGUAAAGAAGUGAGAGUUGUGCGUCACGAAAAGGUCAAAUGAGAGAUGGCGAGAGGAAGUGAAUCUGUUUCAGGUGAAAUGUGCUCCUGUUUGUUCAGAGAGUGGCCUUCAAGGGGUUUUAUUGAGAGAGUUUUCUUUAAAGAGGACCAGAGGGGCAAAGAUCUCAAGGUGUUCACCGGCACCUGCAGUCACCUGAAAUAAAUUCUUCUGACAGAGUGAAGACAGUAUGGAGAACUUAUCUGCAGAAGAGAGAGCGUGUCUCAUGUAUCUGGAGGAAACCAUCGAAGCUCUGGAGGUGCAGGAGGACAGUGGCUUAUCCAAUGAUGAACCAGAUUCUGUGUUAGACGCAGAAAAAAAGAGUCAGAUGACAAUAAAUGACAUUUUCAGUUUCAAGUCUGAGUCUUUAAAAGACCAGCAGUUGGACAAAGUGGAACACCACACUGCAAAUGAAACCUCAGAAGCACAGCCCUCGCCUGCCUCUGUAGCCAACACGAAAGAUCUCGAAACAUCAGAGAACCUCGUGACUCAGCCCAAACCUUCAGUCGCUGAAUCAGUCACAGGGUGUGACAUCCACCCAUCAGCUCCUCAGAGUGAGGGGUUGUGUUUGUCCAGGGAUGAAGAUGGGCAUACGAAGAUUGUCUCGAGUUUGAGUGAGUCUACUCAGGCCUCUGAGAUAGAUUUGAGUCUGAUCCCUCCUCCCUCAGACUUCAUGGAUGAACCAGCACCUCCUCCACAGCCAGAGACGGCAAAUGACGUUCCUCCGUCUCCAGACGUAUCCAGUAACAAGCCCAGAGCAACUGUUGACUUGAGGCAGAUGUAUCAAAGAGCCUCAACUUCAGUGAGCUCCUCUGUGACCCAGGAGCCUCCAAACAAGGCUCCAGAAACGAGGCUGUUAGCUGCCAACUCUGGUCACCAAAUCGGUUCUAAUCCUGAAACUGUUGAGCCCAGAAGUCCACCAGCUGUGGCCCCUAAGCCCAAGAAGCUUCCUGCCAACAUUAUUCUGAAGUCCCACAAGGCAGCAGUCGCCGAUGGCAACUCGGGACAUUUGGUGUCCGCUACCAGCGACCGGCUGAUUUUGGACCCCCAAAGGGUCCGCCUUGAGGCCCUCCGAAAGCUUGGCCUGCUUAAAAGUGAUGAGGCAGAUUCAGGCCCCACCCUGAGCCCUAAACUUUCUCCCCAGACUAGGUCAAGGGCAGCUUCUUCUCCAAUCAGCCCAGCAGCUCCACAUACACCACCUACAACACCAUCUUACACCCGUCUCAGCAGCCCAUCAGUGGCCUCUGUACCUCCUCAGUCUCCUUCAACUGUGUCACCAUCAGGUCCUUGUGCAGUUCCUAUAGUCCAGCCUUCUGAUAUUGUCCCAGCACCUGCUGCUUUCAGUGACCCCAACGGUCCUCUGGUGUCAGAUAAUGAACUGUCCACUGUCAGAGAUGUUUCAGGUGCCACAGCAAACGCACAGGUGAGUACGCCUCCUCGUACACCUCCUGCCCUGAUCAAGCAGCUAACCCCACCACAGGUCAACGGUGCCAAAUCAGCCACCCUGGAGUGCUCAGGCCCGAGUCUAAGCAGCUAUAGUCAAGACUACAGUGAGGCCAGCCAGGGUGUCAGCGACAAGCAGAGCCCCAGCCAGCUGCGUAACAGUCGACCGCGCCCUGCCUCCCUGGGGAGCAGGAAAGAGUUUUCAAGCGUUCAAGGAGAGGGUUCUCAGCUGGGCCAUGCCACCAGGAAAGAGCCGGACUUGCGGAGGUCUCUGCCUGCUUUUCAGCACUCCGGAGACUCUCAGAAGCUGCCUCGAUCACAGGGCAUCAGUGUACUGAUCUGCCCUCGUGCAGAAAACGGAAAUGACCGCCGCGAGGCGCUUAAGAGGCUGGGACUGCUCAGGGACUGAGCACCAUCUGACUACCACAGGCUUGCUUCUGAUACUGUAUUUAAAGGAAAAUUACAGAGCUUUUUGGAAGCAGUUUAACCACACAUUUAUGAACUGACAUUUACUGCAUUAAGCUAUUAUAUAAUCAAAGUGCCUGACGUGACUUGAAUACACUGGCUGUCAUGUCCACAUUUGUCCAGUGUUUUUCCCUCACAUUGUACAGCCAAAUGAGUUGUGUUAUGCAGAAAACUGGCAAUCAAGAAGUUUUUGAAUAUUCACUGACUCGCUCACUGUUGCUGUGGUUUGUGUAAAUUAAAUGCUGUUACCUUAAGAGGGAA